ACAACGGUGUGACAGCUGGCUAAUGCUAAUGCAAGACGCUAUCGAUUGACUGUUGACAAUGUGCGGGAUUUUACCAGAUGUGGUUGGAGGGUGACAUCCUCAGUGGCCAUGGUCUUCUGCUUUGCUGUCCUGUUCCUGGUACUACUCUUGUCUCGGGCCCAGGGCUUCCUUCAGUCCUCAGAGGAAAUUACUGUGCCUGAUGAAUGGGUUCUUCUCCAUGUGGUCCAGGGCCACAUAGGUGCCGGUAAUUACAGCUACCUGCGUCUCAACCAUGAUGGACGCAUUAUCCUGCACAUGCGUAGCCUUAAAGGUGAUGCUGACCUGUAUGUUUCUGAUAAGACCUUGCGGCCCAGCUUUGACACAUACAAACUGCAAUCCGCUACCUGUGGUCAUGAUGUAGUAGUGGUACCAGGGGAUUUUGUGCGACCUGUUGGCAUCGGGAUCUAUGGACAUCCGUCAUACCUGGAGAGUGAGUUUGAGAUGAAGGUGUUUUUUGAUCAGACAGCUUUGGGAGAUGACGUAUUUGAAAAGAACUCAUAUUCUGCUGAAGAAAUGCCUGAGAAUCCUUAUCGCCCACAGGGAUCAGAAGAGGAGUUUGAGGAAGAGGAAUCCAUUCUCUGGACUAUUCUCAUUGGAAUACUGAAAAUAAUACUUGAAAUUUUGUUCUAGAUCAUACUUUUUGAUUCUGCCAUAGGAUGAUUAACUCCUGGUAAAACAGCUUUGAAAGAAAGUGUUCAUAUGCUCGUGUUCAGAGACGUGAUGUGGCUGAGCUGUACCAUGGUCAAAAAUAAAUAAAUAAACAAAUAAAGAAAGAGAGAAAAAGAAUACUUUUUUCCAGACUUAGACCUGUUUAAAUUAACAAAAAUUCUCCAAAAAACAUAAUGUGUCAUCCAGUGUCUCCCAUCAGUUUUACUGCCUGUUUAUUAUCCACAUAACCACCUAUUCUACUUCUGCUUUCACAAGAAGUUGUCAUUCAAUAGCAAAUUAAUCUUGUUGCCUAAAGUAUGAAUUUUGCAGAUAAUUAUCCCAUUUUCAGUUGGUUUUCAUUAAGAAUGCUUGUUAACUUAAGAAAUGAUUUUCAAAAUUUUGGGGUCUUGUGAACGUCUGAAUUUGCACUAUGCAAACAAAGCAAUCAUACCAGUUCGAACACUGCUAAUUCUUGUGCCUUUUACCUCUCUUGACAAUGAUGAAGGCAUCAUCUCUUACAUUUGUAUUGUGUGUAAUGUUUUAAAAUA